CCAAUCGCCUUGCGGCUAAUUGCGGAGUGGUUGCGAGGAGAAGCGUCCUCAUCUUCGGGAGGGGAGAGGGGGCCGCUCCCUCUGGCCGGCGUGGCCCGUUGUGUCUCCCGGCUUCGUUCCCGUUGUUUUUUUUUUUCCCCCUCAGCCUUUUCGCCCUCAUGCCGUUUUAUUUCAGGAGGGGCCGGAGAGGCCUGUUUAAACAUAUAGCUCAUGGCCUGAUCCCUGCAGCUACCAUAGCUCCUAAACCUGCUGUCCCCCGCACCCCUCCCCCUCGUAGUCCAAACCCUUCUCCAGAAAGGCCCAGGUCUGCUUUAGCAGCCGCUAUUCUUGUGACGACCUUAACCGGACGAACGGUUGCCAUCCCUCAGCCUCGUCAGCGAUCUCUUUCGGAAAGUGAUGCCAGCUACUUGCAAGAUCAGGAAGACUGCAUUGAACCAUAUGCCACUGUGACUGAGCUACUAAUGAGUCCAAAUUGGAAGAAUGAUGGUGACGAAAGGAAUGCUGUUCAAACUUUGGAAGCAUCUGAGAGUUGUUGUGAGGAUGACAUGGAUACAUUCACUUCUGACACAGACAAAGAAUUGGAUCCCGACCGUCAAAUUGUUAAUAAAAAAGAAAGCAUGCGUCAUAAGGUUAUGUAUGCUAUGCCACAUAAAAUCAAACAGGAAAAUCUCCCAGUAUCUUCUAGUGCCAAUGGUGAAGAAGAUUCUUCUGUCUACGAACCAAGUUGUCUCAUCCAGCCAAAUGUUCAGGUUGAAGAAAUUGAACAUCCUGGAGUGAGGUUUAAGGACAACAACUCAGGAGAAACUCCUCUGAAUGAAAAACCGCCUUCGUCUUCAGAUGCAGCCCUCCACAGAAAACAGGAACAGAUGGUUCUCCCCAGAGAGACGUUCCAGAAAUUAAAAGAACAACAUUGGCAUCUAAACAAUGCAAACCAGACCUUAUUUUCUGAACUUGAACAGUCAAAGCAGUUAAUGAAGGAACUGCAAUUAAAAAUUAAGAAAUUGGAAAAAGAGAACAGACAGUUUAAGGAAAAGCAGAAUUCACACAGUGAAGAGGAAGGGGCAGAAUUGCUGCUGUUAAGACAGCAAGCCCAGGAACUAGUAGAUGAAAAUGAUAGUCUGAAAAUGACUAUUCAUCGCUUAAAUGCAGAACUGAGUCGUUAUCAAACAAAGUACAGACCAAUUUCACCCAGUGAGAGUGUAAAGAUUGGAAGUCUGCCAAUGAAAAAACCAAUACCCCCAUGGCUGCUUGACAUGAAAUAUUUAUCUCCUCUUCUGUUGGCAUAUGAAGACCGAAUGAAAGAAAAGGAAGAGUUGAUUCUAGAGCAUGAGGAAAGCAUGAAGAUGUUUAAAGCACAAGUGGAAGAAGUAGUAAAGGAAAAUGAGCAGUUACACCAAAAAUUAACUAAAAAUACUGGUACUUCUAUUAGUACCAAAGAAUGGCAGCAUUUGCAAAGUCAAGCCAAGCUUGUCCUGGAGGAAAAUAGAGUGUUAAUGGAACAGCUGAAAAUACAAGAAACCAAAAUAAACGAUGCCAUCAACCAACAUGUUAAAGAAGUUUCCAAACUGACCAAGCAGCUCGUUACGCUGGAAACCGAAAAACAAAACCAAGAAGUGGAGAUGAAAGACUGUCAGAAAAAGCUGAAAGAAUUACGCUCCGCGUACAAAGAAUUAAAGGCCAGCGUUAGCGAUUAUGUAACAGCAGAGGAGCACGUUGCCUUGGAAAAUAAAUUUAAAAACCAUUUGCAGAUGGAACAGGAAAAGAGAGAGAUGGAGACCCAAAAACUAGUGAAAAAACUCGCCUCUGUUCAAGCAGAAACAAAAAGCCUGUUUCUCGAGAAAAAUGACCUGGUGGCAGAAAACAAGGCAUUAGAAGCUGAGCUGGAAAUGGCACAGAAGACUAAAAGGCGGUCAGAGAAGCAGAUCGGUCUUCUGAAGCAGCACUUGGAAGAAACGAUGGAAAAGGAGAUGGCUGCCCACCAGUAUCUAGUGAAUAUGAUCAGCUUGGCCGAAAAUAUAACUCAAGAACGUGAUCAGCUUUUAAACCUGGCCAGUUGUUUGGAGAAAGAGAAGCACGGUGUUCUCAACAAAAUAAUAGAAGGAAAUGUACGUCUAGGAAAAUUAGAAGAGAAAGUCAAGGUGUAUAAAAAGACGGCGGCAGGCAAGCUUGGGGACAUCAACCUCAAAGUGACAGAGCAAGAGAAGGAAUUUGCGGGGAAGACUGCUCAGUACCAGCGAGAAAUGAAACACCUCCAGCGGCUGCUGCAAGAGAAGCAGGAAUCCCUCGAUGAAGCUCUGCAGCAGAAGAGAGAAAUGGAAAGUGAACUUGAAAUAAUUUGGGAAUCAACCACCAAAGAAAACCGGAGGAUGAAGGAACUCUUGCAUAAAUCUCUGGAGAAAAACAUACAGAAUUCGGUCAAUGCCGCUUACGAAUCGCCAUUAACUGACCUUUCUCAGAAAGUCCUGCUGAGUAGAUACGGCUUUAGCUACUGUGAUGUGGAAGUGUCAUCACCCCCUCAAGUUCCGAAGCAAGAAGACGACUAAAAAUUAAGGAAGUGGAUAUGUAUGCUUCCUCCAGGGCAAAACGGGAUUGGAAGAAGCAAACAUAAAAGAGCAAACGGGAACCUAGUCAGAAGCAAAGUAUGAUUUACCAGUUGGGUUGAGAAGUCUUCACGGCUGUGAUUAGCAUUGUAGGAUAAGGGACCUUUCAAAGCCCCGAGAAGCAUCUUUCAUGCUAAAAAGCAUGUUUCUUGCCUUGACUGUUACAGAGAACAUACAGUGGUACCUCGGUACUCAUCGUUAAUUGAUACUGGGAGUACCAAAAAUAAUGAGUACCAAAUAAUUUUUUCCCAUAAGGAAUAAUGUCCUGAGUCACAAGGCUGCUGACACUGACAAUUUCCAGCUUGUUUGUUGAGUAUUAAACAAAUGAUGAGCACCGGGAUGAAAUGUUCGUGUCAAAAUGCAUCGAAUACCGAAUUCAAUGAGUUUCAAAGCAGUUGAGUACCAAGGUACCACUGUACAGAUACAAAGCUACAAAAAGGGAAAGAUCCCUCAAUAAAGCUUCCAAUUGAUAGGCAGGGCACAGCUGCCAGCUCUGUCUCUCAUAAGGUUUCUGUUGGCCUGUUUUAUCUAUCUGAAAUUCUGAGAACACCUUCCUAGAAGAAACCCCAUUAAAUAUAGUAUUUAAUGGAAGCCAGAGUUGAAUAGUGUUGUCAAUACGACAUUUAGAUGCUUAAACCAAAGAAAAACGUAUUUGAAUUGAUUUUAUAUAACUUUGCACUCUUUUUAUUAAGCAACUAGAGAUUUGGGGGCUGAAAUGGCUGAACUGAGCCUUGAUUUAGCUGAACUUUUAUAAAGAUAUGGACAAAAAAAAUAAGAAUAUAUAAUGUCUAGUCUUUUACUGAAGAGCUGAAUAGAAAUUCUUGUUUUUAAAAGUUAUAUCUCUUUAGAAUAAGCAAAAUAUAAAAGCAAUAUAAGGAAAGAACAUAUAACUGUAGAGCAAUAUAACAUGGGUGGGUUCUGGAGGCAAUAGCCUCAUUUGAUAGUUUGAAUGUUCAUAGCUAGGUCAUUAAAUUUCCGUCAGAAUUGUUACCUUUCAGGGAGUCUCUUACCCAAGACAAGCAAGGCAAUUAGUAAGAGAGCACAAAAAAAUUGACAAUAUCCAUAUUUUACAAAUGCACAAUACUUAGGCAAAGCCAGAUUUUUAAAAAAAAUAGUAUCGAUAAACUGUUGAAAGCAAGACCUCAUCUUUUCUCAUCCCAGUCUUUUCUAAAUCAUCCAAAUCUCUAAAUCAGUAAUUCCAGGUUUGCCUUCUUUGUAUCCUUUUGUAACAUACUUGUGUCUUUCAAGUUUACCAAAUAAUCAUAAUCAUCCAAUCAUGGAGGGGAAAAAAAUCUGAAAGGUUCACGAAACACUUCCAACACUCCAGCUGCAUUCCUUUGGUCGCCCACCAUCUUUCCUUCUGACGGAUGGGCACAGAUGGUGGUGCCCUCCUUGUACGAGCAACAGAAGCCAACCUGCACCAGGUUGCUGGGACCAGGUGGAAACUAUCAUUUCUUUUUCUCUCCUUCCUUUUUCCCUAGAAUUCAGCAGCCCUUCCUUCCUUUUUUCUUUUUUUAGAUGAACUGGGGUACCAAGUGGGAUGGAACACCUCGGAGCGGAAAACAUUCUUCAUCCACGCUUUUAGCUGUUCUUAUAAAACAUUUUCAAAAAGAUGCUUUUUACAUUCACUCCCCUUUGGCACAAGAGUCGCUUCUAAAGCUUAAGGUUGACUCAGCCUUCCAUCCUUCCGAGGUAGGUAAAAUGAGGACCCGGAUUGUGGGGGCAAUAAGCUGACUUUGUAUAAAAAAGAACACUGCUUAGGGGGGGCCGAAAGGUAUAUACAAAAGUAUAAAGGCUAUUGCUUAACGCAUUGUAAGCCGCCCUGAGUCUCCAGAGAAGGGCGACAUAUAAAUCGAACCAAUAAAUAAAUAAAUAAAUAAAUAUUCCACGGCUUUUGAAUUGAACGUUCAAAGUACUAUCCCGAGGUGCUGGCUAAAUUCAGAUUUUGAGAAAGCCAUAACUGAUUUAGACCAAUUUCCCCAUAGUUUUUAGCUUUAUUUCUUUGGUUUUUCUGACUGAGCCAUUCUUGUGAGCAUCUCGGAAUGUGCUGAACUCUCUUCUUUACAACUUCACAGAGGUGUCCGUUGUCAGGGUCUGCGCAUAAACCCAGAUUGUGUUUACCUCUGCCUAAACCACAACGUUGUAUUCUUUUUCAUUGUUUUAUCUUCUUGCUCAGUCAUCUUACUUCGGUUCACGCACUUUUCGUUUCCUCCUUUUUAUUGUUGUCAGCCCCCUAGAGUAUAUAGCCCCACCGCAAAAUAGGUGGCAAAUAAAUUUAACAAAUAAAUAAAUAAUAAAUCCAGUCCGGUAUGUCCCAUUAAGCACAGAUUCUUUACUGACCUGGGCAAUUCUGAACAGUUACUUGCAACAGACCUGGAGCUUGGUCUUCAUCAAAGCAUAUUACUGUCUGAAUCAGUGGUGAAAUGCUACUGGUGCGCCAGAACCCGGUAGUAAAAAAAAGCUAUCGGUUCCGGUAUUUCCGGCAAUCAGCUGUGCCACGUAAUUUAAAAUUGCUAAAAAGCAGGGAAAUCCUGCUUUCUAGUAAAUCUAAAUCGCGCGGCACAGCUGAUCCUCCCCCCCUCUCGCUGUGUCAGUUUUGGAAGACAAUUUUUUUUUGAGGGUGUUCCUUGGAACCCUGAACGCUGUUCUACUUACCUUCCCAAGCCUCCUUUUGGUGCGUACUGCGCAUGUAUGCACAUGCGCAGCGUGUGUUUGGCGCGCAUCGCACAUGCGCGGCCAGCGAACUGGUAGCAAGCAGGUUCAGAUUUCACCACUGGUCUGAAUGUUGUCUUUCAAGCCAUAAAUCUGUUUCGUGGCAGUUCAGACAUAAAAAUGGUUUGAGGGAGAUUUUGCACUCUUAUCUGCUGUCUACUAUAUUCUCUCUCUCUCCCCCCCAUUCCCCCAGUGUUUUUAAUUUAUCCUAAUGUUUGGUUGGAUAAGUGUGUGAUUUUAGAAAUGCUGACAGUUGUGUACUAUUUACAGCUUUGUUUGUUUACCAAUUACGUAUUUUUUCAUGCUUUUUAUAAUAAUAAAAUACUUAUUUUAAAGGGCA